UUUGAAAAAGGAACUUUAAAGAAACACAUGAGAAUCCAUUCAGGAGGGAAGCCUUUCUGUUGUGAUCUAUGUGGAAAGCGAUAUAGUGUAAAAGCAAUUUUAGAUACACACAUGAGAACCCAUACAGGACAGAAGCCUUUCUGUUGUGGUCUAUGUGGAAAAAGCUUUAGCCAAAAAUCAAAUUUAAACAUGCACAUGAGAACCCAUACAGGAGAGAAGCCUUUCUGUUGUGAGCUAUGUGGGAAAAGAUUUAGCCACAAAUCUUAUUUAAACAGACACAAUAGAAUCCAUACAGGACAGAAGCCUUUCUGUUGUGAUCUAUGUGGAAAAAGCUUUAGCCUCAAAUCAAAUUUGAUCAAACACACGAUAAUCCAUACAGGAGAGAAGCCUUUCUGUUGCGAUCUAUGUGGAAAAAGCUUUAGCCGAAAAUCAAAUUUAAACAUGCACAUGAGAACCCAUACAGGACAAAAGCCUUUCUGUUGUGAUCUAUGUGGAAAAAGCUUUAGGCGAAAAUCACAAUUAAACACACACGUGAGAAUUCAUAUAAGACAGAAGCCCUUCUGUUGUGAAAUAUGUGGAAAAAUAUUUAGCAACAAAUUAAAUUUGAACAGACACAUGAGAACCCAUACAGGCAAGGAGGACACAAGUAAGUCUAUUUUCUGAUAUCCAGGGAACUAGUAGAAGGACUUUAGUACUGGGUCGAUAUUUUCUACUUUCUUAGUAUUAGUGAGGACGCGGGCAACAGCGUUCUGGAUCAGCAUCAGUUGUCUGAUUGACUUUUUUGGUGGACCAGUGAAAACACCGUUCAGUUAUUGAUUUGACAAAAAUUUAAUGCAUGGAUUACUUUUUGCAAAACCUGCUGAGACAUUAGUCCUUUAUUUCUAGAAUUGUUCUUCAGGCGAUGGAAGGCAGACUUUGUAAUUUUGUGUAGAUGGAGGUCCUGAGUCCAUUAGUGCAAUGGCCCUCAAACUGGGGUCCGUGAAAGUAUGUUGUUGGGCCUGAGGGGGCACUGCUGAGGAUGUCGUGGUUGAGCUAAGUAUCACAAUGGACAAAUAUUCAACUCCAUUCACCUCAUCAAAUAAGGUAAAACCCAAAUCCGCUAAAAUUAGGAAGUAAGUAAAUCAGGAAGUAAGACUGUGAAAUUCAAAACUUUGCAAUUACCGCUGUUUGGUCAACUUUGCCAAAAUCUAGAUGCUGAACAUGAUGCACUGAUUUAUUACUGAGGUGUGAUAAGUUGUCUUGUGGAAAAGUGUUGCAGAGUUUUUGAGCUACACAAAGAAAUGACUCAAUUUAUGCGAGGAGAAACCGGACAUUGGACACUUCUGACACGAUCCAGACUGCAUUGCCAAGUUAGCCGAUUGAACAGCCUCAACCUCUCCAUCUAAGGAGGCUACACAUCUUUCCUUGAAUUUGGAGACAAAAUCACCACCUUUAUGAAGAAGAAUACAAGAUGGAAUAACAGACAUGUUUCCCCAACUGACGGACUUUUUAAACAAUGAGAAGCUGUCUGUUGCUAUUGUGAGGGAUGUUGUGACUUUACACCUAACAUCACUGUGUGAGCACUUCAGCUCAUAUUUCUCUGAUGUGAACACUGAUGCCUGGGACUGGGUGCUGAUCCAUUUUCACCUGCUGCAACAAGAAAUGUCUUAACAGGUAAAACAAGAACAGCUCUUGGAGUUAUCUUGUGACAGAACAUUGAAGGCCAGAUUCCAACAGGAAAAUCAUACAGACUUUUUGGCCUCCCUCUCACAUGGGUAUCCUGAACUGGCUGCUGAGGCCAUGAAAAUAUUGCUGCCGUUUCUGACCACUUACCUCUGUGGAUCAACAUUUUUCAGCUCUGACUGUUUGCAAGUGGAAGAUGAUCUUAGUUUGUUUGUCAUCCAUGCCUCCAAGAAUAAACUGUGGGGAGAGACAGGCUCAUCCUUCUCACUAAUUGUCAAAAGGUUAUUGAUGUCAUUGAUUGACUGUAGGUAACAAAGCCUGAAGCAGAUUUUCAUAAGAAUGUUUUUUGCCAAUAGUUUAAAUAUGUUUGUUGUGCUAAAAUUGAACUAAUUAAGAGUCUUUAAUCUGAAGUUAAUUCCAGUGAACCCCAUUUGGUCCAUUAUUCAGUCUUCUCGCAGCUUAUUUUUUGGAGCUUUAUAAUGGUAUAUUUGAAGAAAAUAUCCUGUGAAAAUAUAACUUGAUUAAAUGUCUUCUGUAUUUAAA